AUGAAUGGUCAGAACUUAGGAUACAAUGAGGCUGGUGAAGGAAAUAAAUUGCUAGAUAAGAGCACUAUGGAGCUCAGUCUGCCUUCUUCUGGCGAAGAACCAAUAGAUUACAAGAUAAGGCUAAAUGUUUCGUCGCCAAGACGGUUUGUUAAUCGUAAAAACUCAGUGAUUUUGGCCGACACCGGUGAGAGAGUGCAGCGAUCAAUUACGCUCUCACAAUCGCAAGAUUCUGAGCAGAUGCUUGACAUGGAACAGCAAUUUUUCAUGCCACCAAAUAGAUUCAACCGUUUCAUAUCGCCGUUCGUAGCCUUGUUUCAGAAUGAUACUUUUAAAAGUGUAACAAAGUGCACUAUUGCUUACUUUAUUGCAUCGCUCGGUGUCUUUUAUACUCCCUUUGAUGAGUUUCUCGGCUCGACCGACUCGAAACAUGUCAUUGCCACAGUCGCGGUAUAUUUCCAUCCAACAAGGACGAGGGGGUCCAUGAACCAAACUAUCAUCUUUGUUGUCAUAUCUUUAUUGUACAGUGUUGUAGUUUCCUUUGGCUGUCGGCUCAUAUCAUCAAGCUUUUUUACACACGGCCAAGACGAAACGAGCCACGCUAUUGAUCUUUUGGUUAGCUCAGUUGCAUUGGGAGUGGUUUCCUUUUGGAAGCAGAAGGUAAACAAACAAACAUUCAAUACUGCGUGUUCCUUGGCUUGUAUAUCUAUAGUUGCAUGUAUCGUUAAGGAAGGGAGUAAGAAUUCCGGUGAUAUCCCCUUAGAUAGGAUCGAAGCAACUUUCAAAGUGGUUGUCUCUGGCUGCUUUAUUUCAUUUGGUUGUUGUUAUUUGAUAUGGCCAACUAGUGCAACAAAAUUAUUGCAAGCUACAUUGAGUCAAUCGUGUCAAAAUUAUUCACCAGUGCUUCUCACAUUGACCAGACGCUUUAUUGCAGGUGAGCAAUUGAACAAAAAGGAUUUACAAUUGGUUGAUAACCUAAAGAAAAAUGUAAACUUGUUACUGCAGUAUCUCGAGGAAGCCAAGUAUGAGCUUAGGCUAGUAGGAAAAGAAGAGGAAUGGCAGUAUUACAAGUCAUUGGUUUCUACUACAGUUUCUCUAGCGAGACAUUUACAAGCCUUGAGUUCAGCCACAAGAAUGCAAUGGAGUUUACUCAACAGCGGAUUGUCUGAUAAUGAUAAUAAUAACAAUACCAGUGGAACAAGCACGCUACAAAGUUACAGUAUUGACGAGUUAGGUGGUUCACAAUUGUUGGAAGAAAUCAAUGACUUUAGGCCACGAGCACUUGCAGAAGAAGAGGUUGAUGUAGCAACGUCUCUCCAACUUUUUGAUUUAUUUGUUUAUCAUUUGUCACCUUCCAUCAAGUCCCUAGUUUUCACAAUCAAAGAUGUGUUGGUGCGUGCUCCAUUCAAUGAGAAUGGCCACAGGGAGCCCGACACACAAACAUUAAAGAGCGCGCUUGAGAGGGCUAUUGCUAUGUAUGAAAAAAGACAAGAGUUGUCAUUUGAGCACAUUUAUAAUCAAGAGUCAUUUAACCAAAAUCUGGAUAUCCAAUUUAAAACAGACCAAGAAAAAGUUGCUGCAUGUUGUGGAAAUUUUGCCACGUUACUAAGCCAAUUUGCAACUGAGUUACUCAAGUGCGUUGAGAUAUUUGAGAGAUACGAACACGCAAAGGGGAAACCAAGGUCAUGGCCGUGGUUGCGAAGGGCACAGUACAAUCUGCUCACCAAUAGUUACACCCAAGAUACGAGUCUUCAUGCAGCAUUGGAUGACUUGAAAGAGCAGUACGGAUUGCCAAUGGAAAAGCCAGUUUUUAGUUCGAUAUGGGAAGAAAUUUCUUACAAAAUUUGGCAAAGCAUCAAAUAUUUCAAAAGAACUGAUGUUCAGUUUGGAAUCAGAGUCGGCUUAGGAGCUGCUGCUUUGUCAGUGUUUGCCUUUGUCCCCGAAACUCGAAUGUUUUUUGAAAAUUGGAGACUAGAAUGGGCUCUAACUGUGUAUUGCAUAAUGAUGAACAAAUCAUUAGGCGGUACCACAAUGACUGUUAAAUGGAGAAUAUUGGGUACCUUUUUAGGAGCCUUUGUGGCAUUUUCAGUAUGGAAUAUAUUUAAUGCAAAUGUGUACUGUUUGGCAUUGGCAGGGAUUGUUGUAUCUGUACCGUCAUUUUAUAUAAUCUUGUUUUGGAAACAAAAUAAUGCAUUUGGUCGGUUUAUUUUGUUAACCUAUAAUUUGAGUAUGCUUUAUUCCUAUAGUAUGAUUCAAAAAGAUUCCGAAGAUGAUAUGGAAGGUGGAGAGAAUCCUAUUAUUGGUGAAAUAGCAUUUCACAGGUUUGCAGCAGUUUCGAUUGGAAUAAUCUGGGCAUUAACUAUGGCCACAUGCUUUUUGCCAAAUAGUGCUCGUGUUAGAUUAAAAAAUGGGUUAUCUGUAUUGUGGUUGAGACUAGGAGUCAUUUGGAAUAGUGACCCACUAGAAUACAAUCCAAGUUCCAUGACUUUAGUAGGAUUCAAAGCCGAGGAAGGUACCAAUAAAAUACUUUCAGAGUGCGAAACGCUAUUGAAGCAAGCGCCAGUAGAAUACAGGUUCAAGGGAAAAUUUCAAACACAAAUAUACUCCAAACUACUCAAGGAAACGUCGGCCAUUAUUGAUGCUUUUCAGAAUUUAGAUUUAUUGAUAAAAGUUGAUCCAACUCUCACACCCAACGAGGAGUAUGUUUUGAAAUAUAUUGAAAUUGAAAGGAGCGAAGUUGAGCAAAGAAUAUUUUUGGUGUUCUACAUGAUAGCUAGUGCAAUGAAGCUAGGCUUUUCGUUGCCAAAGAAAUUCGCCUCAAUAGAGCAUGCCAAGGACAGAAUGCUAUAUAAAUUGAGUGAAAUUCGACAGCAACAGGAGGGAGGGUUACAUUUAAAAAAUAGCGACUUCAUUUUGCUUUAUUCUUACCUUUUGGUUGCUUCUGAUGUUUCGACUUCAUUAGACAACAUUUUAGUUCAGAUUAAAGAGUUGCUUGGAGAGAUUUCGGAGGAUAAGUUUCGACUAGUUUGA